AUGGCAAGCUUUACUCGGCCUGUAUCUUCUACAAUUAGCGGAGUGGACUUUGAAGUCCUUUCCGACAGUGAUAUCAAGUCGAUCUCAGUGAAGCGCAUCCACAAUACGCCAACCCUCGAUUCUUUCAAUAAUCCAGUUCCCGGAGGUUUAUAUGACCCGGCUCUUGGUGCAUGGGGCGAUCAUGUAUGCACAACUUGCCGACUGAACGCGUGGUCUUGCGCUGGCCAUCCAGGCCACGUUGAGCUACCUGUUCACGUUUAUAAUGUCACCUUCUUUGAUCAGCUCUUUCGUCUCCUGCGAGCGCAGUGUAUAUACUGCCACCGAUUCCGCCUGUCGAGGGUACAAAUCAAUGCCUAUGUUUGCAAGCUGCGCCUGUUGCAGUAUGGCUUGGUGGAAGAGGCCUCGAUAGUCGGAACUAUGGAACUCCGCAAAGGCAAAAGCAAUAAGGCAGACGAGUCGGACGAUAGCGAUGACGAGGACGACGAGGAUCUGAUCGACCGGCGGAAUGUUUACGUCCAAAAAUGUAUAUCUGGCAUCGCGACCGACAAAAGGAGACAAAAUCAUAUGAAGAUGGCCAAGAAUCCAGCAACGGCUGAAAUGAGGAGAGCUAUUGUAAGGGAUUUUUUGAAAGACGUUGUGAAUAUGAAGAAAUGCGCUUCGUGCAGUGGGAUUUCACCGCCGUAUCGAAGAGAUAAAUACUCAAAAAUCUUUCGCAAAUCUUUACCACAAAAGGCCAAAGCUGCCAUGGUUGCAGCUGGCUUUCAGAUUCCAAACCCCCUUGUUUUGAUGGAGGAAGCGAACCAACUUUCAAAAAAGCACAAGUCGAUACCGAAAAAGGAUAGUGCCAAGGCAGUUGAUUACGAUGAUAAUAUCAGCGUUGUCACUGACACUCAUGGUGCUGAGCAACAAGUAUCUAUGGGGAAUGCGGUUUUAGCUGAAGUCGAGGAAAAUAGACCAUCGAGUGCGAGAGGAGAGCUGGACGAUUCCCAACAGUAUAUACCAUCGUCGGAAAUCUACGCAUCUAUCCGUUUUUUAUUCGAAAAGGAGCAGGAGAUCUUGGAUUUGGUCUAUGAUUCGCGACCUGGUUCGGCGGGGAAGUCUCAUGUGAGCGCAGAUAUGUUUUUCAUCAAGAACAUUCUCGUACCGCCCAACAAAUACCGUCCGGCUGCCCACCAAGGCCCAGGUCAAAUCAUGGAGGCUCAGCAAAAUACGUCUUUUACUCGAAUUCUGAAGCUAUGCGACCCAGAUCAACCAAAUCAGCCGGGAAAGGCAAGGGGACAAUACUUGAUUGACCGUGACCGAAAUCCAAACCAAGGAGCAGCAGGUAUUCAGAAUGAGGACGGUAUCAAGCAAAGACUAGAAAAGAAGGACGGUCUUUUUAGAAAGAACAUGAUGGGCAAACGAGUCAACUUUGCGGCCCGUAGUGUUAUUUCCCCUGAUCCGAAUAUUGAGACCAACGAAAUCGGAAUUCCUCUCGUCUUCGCCAAAAAACUUACGUAUCCUGAGCCAGUCACAAAUCACAAUUAUUGGGAGCUUAAGCAGGCAGUGAUAAACGGACCGGAUAUUUACCCUGGCGCCGCAGCCGUCGAGAACGAGCUUGGACAGGUUGUCAAUCUGAAAUUCAAGACCGUUGAUGAACGCAUUGCAAUUGCAAACAUGCUGCUAUCACCUUCAAAUUGGAAAUUGAAACGUUCACGGAAUAAGAAGGUCUAUCGACACUUGACUACCGGAGAUGUAGUGCUGAUGAACCGACAGCCAACCUUGCAUAAACCGUCAAUUAUGGGUCAUCGUGCACGAGUGUUGACCGGGGAAAGGACCAUUCGCAUGCAUUACGCCAAUUGCAACACAUACAACGCGGAUUUUGACGGCGAUGAAAUGAACCUGCAUUUCCCCCAGAAUGAAAUUGCACGGGCUGAAGCUAUGCAACUCGCUGAUACUGACCAUCAAUAUCUUGUCGCCACCUCCGGGCAGCCACUUCGCGGCUUAAUUCAGGACCACAUUUCAAUUGGAACCUGGUUCUCAUCGAGAGAUAGCCUUUUCGACGAAGAGGACUACCAUCAGUUACUUUACAGUUGUCUUCGGCCAGAGAAUUCGCACACUGUUGGCGAGAAGAUCGAACUUAUGCCACCUGCCAUUAUUAAACCUGAACCUCGAUGGACCGGGAAACAGGUCAUUUCCACCAUCCUACAAAAUGUCACUCCUGAAUCUCGGGCUGGUUUGAAUCUAGUAGGAAAAUCAUCCACGCCAGCUGAUAGAUGGGGGAAAGAUUCUGAAGAAGGGCAGGUAAUUUUCAAAGAUGGAGAAUUGCUCUGCGGUAUAUUAGAUAAAGCCCAGCUUGGUUCAAGUCCUGGCGGCCUAAUUCAUUCAGUUCACGAGGUCUAUGGCCAUAUUGUUGCUGGAAAGCUGAUAGGAAUCUUGGGACGUUUGCUCACUAGGUUCUUGCAGAUGAGGGCUUUCAGCUGCGGUAUGGACGACCUUCGACUCACAAAACAAGGAGAUGAAGAUAGGAAAAACCAACUUAAAGCGGGCGAUAACCUCGGGCACGAAGUUGCUCUCAAAUAUGUCCUCUUGGAUGAAAGCCCGAUCGAGGACAAGGACGCGGAGUUGCAACGGCGACUCGAAGAGGUACUUCGCGAUGACGACAAACAGGCUGGUUUGGAUAGCAUGUUCAACUCCAGAACAGUCAAGCUUUCAUCGGAUAUCACAUCCGCAUGCCUACCCCGUGGCCUUGAGAAACCUUUCCCGUGGAACCAAAUGCAGACUAUGACUGUCUCCAGAGCUAAAGGUUCAAUGGUUAAUGCGAAUUUGAUUUCCUGUAAUUUGGGCCAGCAGGUUUUGGAAGGUCGCAGAGUGCCAGUUAUGAUCAGUGGAAAGACACUGCCGUCUUUCCGGCCGUAUGAAACCAAGCUUAUUGCGGGCGGCUACGUCUCGGGUCGCUUCCUUACUGGCAUCAAACCUCAGGAGUAUUAUUUCCACGCCAUGGCUGGUCGUGAGGGUCUCAUCGACACUGCUGUUAAGACAUCAAGAUCUGGAUACCUUCAGCGAUGCUUGAUCAAAGGUAUGGAAGGUUUAAGGGCAGAGUAUGAUAACUCAGUACGGGAUACGACAGACGGAACAUUAGUCCAGUUCCUUUAUGGAGAGGACGGUUUGGAUAUCACGAAACAGAAGCACCUUCAAGAUUUCAGCUUCCUGGCGCAAAAUUAUUUCUCGAUCUAUUCGCAAGUCAAUGGCAUGAACGAAUUCAACAAGGUCAAUAGCGAGGUUGCCUCUAAAUGGAAUAAGAGUGCGAUGAAAAAGGUCAAAAAGACGGGCCAAUUCGAUGCUAAGGACCCGGUAUUGGCUCAUUAUCACCCAGGUGCCAACUUCGGAAGCACGUCUGAGUCUUUUGCUGUUGCACUCAAGGAGUACGAAAAAGCAAAUCCGGAUAAGCUCUUGAGAGAUAAAGGCCAAGGCAUCGAUGGAAUCGCUAAGAAGGAUUUCGAACAUAUCAUGAAUUUGAAAUAUAUGCGUGCCGUGGUUGAUCCUGGAGAAGCCGUUGGGAUCGUUGCCGGACAGUCUGUCGGGGAACCAUCAACCCAGAUGACACUGAACACUUUCCAUUUGGCAGGUCACUCUGCAAAAAACGUUACGCUUGGUAUCCCUCGGUUGAGAGAAAUUGUUAUGACAGCCAGUGCUCAAAUAUCGACACCUACAAUGUCCGCUAAUUUCCACGGUCAAGUCUCUGAAAAGGAUAGAGAGUUAUUCGCCAAGGGCAUUAGCAGACUUACUCUUGCGGAGGUUAUUGAUAAGCUCUCAGUACACGAACGCGUUCUAACCCAGGGCAAAGUGAAGGCGAAAAUUUAUGAUAUCCACAUAGAUUUGUUUUCCCCUGAAGAAUACACCCAAGAAUAUGCCAUCAAAGUUGGAGAUGUGCUCGAAACACUGGAAAAGAGAUUUGUACCAAAGCUGUUGAAGAUGACAACAGCAGAGUUGAAGAAACGAACCAGCGAAAAGUCACUGUCCAAGUUUUCCGCUGCGCAACCGGAAAUUGGGGCGUCUGUUGGGGUGGUGGAAGAAGGUCCACGGCACGGUGAAGGGAGAGAGGAUGCUGAUGGAGAUGAUGAAGAUGAAGAUCCGGACGAUGCCAAGAGGGCAAGGUCGUCACAGAACAGGUCGAACCAAGUCUCGUACGAAGCCCCUGAUGAGGACGACCAGGAUGUUAUUCGACGACAAGAUACCCCGGAACCGGAAUCCGACGAAGAUGAAGAUGAGAAAAGUAAGGAAAGGCAGCAGCGACGCGAAAAGCCAGGCGAUGAAGAUGUCGAGAUGAGAGAUGCUUCUGACUCAGAAGACGACUCCAAAGAGCGAGAGGAAUUUCUCCGAGACAAACAUGCCGAAGUGACCAGGUUUAAGUUCAAUCCUAAAAAGGGUACAUCGUGUGUUAUCCAGCUUCAGUACGAUGUCUCGACACCCAAACUCCUCCUUCUACCUCUCGUAGAGAGCGCUGCUCGUGCAGCAGUUAUUCAGUUCAUCCCGGGCCUCGGUUCCUGUACUUAUGUGCCAGAGGAAACAAAAGUACCAGCCCACGUCCUCACGGACGGAGUCAAUCUUCUCGCCAUGCGUGAUUACCAACACAUUAUCAACCUUCACACUCUUUACAGCAACUCGAUCCACCACAUGCUUACAUUUUACGGUGUUGAAGCCGCACGAGCAAGCAUCGUUAGGGAAAUGGAUUCCGUGUUCAAGAGUCACAGUAUCGCAGUUGACAAUCGCCAUUUGAACCUUAUUGGCGACGUAAUGACUCAAAGUGGAGGUUACCGUCCAUUCAAUCGUAUGGGAAUCGUCAAAGACAGCACAUCGCCGCUGACGAAGAUGAGUUUCGAAACUACUGUGCGGUUCUUACGGGAUGCGGUUUUGGAACGCGAUUGGGACAAUCUUGCUGCACCAAGCAGUAGGAUUGUUAUGGGGAGGGUAAGCACGGUUGGUACUGGAUCGUUCGAUGUUCUUGCACCAGUUGGAUAA